AUGGAGGUGAAAGUCGCGCUUUCCUCCGAAAUCCAUGCGACUGACGCUAGCGUUCGAUGCAUGAAGACGUUCACCUAUUCCGGAGUAGGCUAUCUAGCUGUUGGUGAUUAUAAUGACUUUUUAACGAUUAUAAAAUGCAACCAGGCGGAAUUAGUCAAAGUUAAAUCAUUGAAAGCGCAUUCCCUAAGUCUCUCAUCUGUAUAUUGGCAAGAACCAUCAAAUACAUAUCCAGAAGGUGUUUUCUUGACUUCAGGUUUUGAUGGUCUCAUAAAAUUUUGGGCAUUAUCAGAUUUGGCUAGCGACCAAAAUGAUAUAAAUCCAAUUAGGACAUUAAAUAUUCAUCAUUCAACUGUAAGCUGCACUUAUAUUACAGAUUCAGGAAAAGUUUUAUCCUCAUCUUGGGAUAAAACGCUGAAAUUGACAUCAUCAGAUGGAACUACAGUAACUAUAUACCAUGAAAACGAUCAAAUAGUCUGCGCAACACAAACAGAUUUCGGAUAUAUCGCUUGUGGAAAAAGUUGCACAAUUACACUUGUCGAUGACAAUGGAAAUAUACUCUGCAAAGUAGAGCAUGCUCAUAAAAUCAAUAUUCGCCAAGUUCGAUACUAUAAACAAACAAAAAGUUUAUAUACCAUCGGAGACGAUGGAUUUUUAACAGAAUGGAUCGUCAACAGCUCGGAAAUUAAAAAGAAGCGUACACUUAAGAUAUCCAAUGAGUAUAUUUACCAUUUCAACAUGAAACAAAAUCAAAUUGUAAUUGGCGGUGAAGAUCAUUGCGUUUUCAUCGUAGAUAAGAUGCAUUGGGUUAUCAGAGAUGUCAUUGCCCUUCAAAGUACUAUCUGGGCCCAAGUCUAUCUCCCUAAUCAAGAUCUUGCAAUUGCAACUGAAGAUGGAUACGUCAGAACGUUCACACACAACAUUACUCGACGUGCUCCACAAGAGAGACAGAAGCAAUUCGCUGAAGAAGUAGCAAAUACUGUACUUUGGAUUCCAUCAUUACAAUCUACCAAAAUAAAUUCACUUCCUGAGAACACGAAUGCCUUAGAAGCUGUUCCUGGUACAUUGUACGCUAUCAAAGAUAAGAAUGACAUAAGGAUUGUCACAUAUUCGAAAUCUCAAAAGUGGAUUCGCAUCGGAAAGCUUCGUCAUCAGCGAACAAAAUUGACAUACAAGGACAAGCAAUACGAUGUUGGAUUUGAUUUCGAUAUUGGCAAUGGAAAACAGAAAACAAUUUACUUAAAUUACAAUGAUUCACCAUUUGUCGUUGCUUCUUCUUUCGUUAUCGAGCACAAACUUGAUCCAUCAUUAAUACCACGCGUAGAAGCAGCAAUUAUCCAAAACUACGAGCCUUUGUUGACAAGAAAACUCACAAAUGACCAUCAAGAAAAAAGUGGCAUUCUUGGACCAUUGUCUUAUGGUGUUGCAGCCAUGUGUGGUCGCAGGGAUACAAUGGAAGAUGCACAUUUCUGUUUAGAAGAAGCUCCUAAUGUCUAUUGUUUCGGAAUUUUCGAUGGACAUGGCGGAAAUGGCGCAUCAAACUAUUGUUCUGAGAGAUUACCAUAUACAAUAAGAUCCAACAGAUGCCAGGGUAAUUUCUAUAAAGUAAUGUUUCCAUUAGUACAAAACGUUAUGGCAAAACAGUUUUAUACUUGUGGAACAACGGUUUUGGUCAGUUCAUUUGUAAACGGAAUUUUAUCGGUUGCAAAUUUAGGAGACACACGAUGUGUUUUGUGUCGACAAACACCACAAAGAAUGAGUGUUGACCAUAGAGCUUCUUUGCCUGAAGAAACAAAAUACGUUGAAGAAAAAGGCGGAAAAGUUAUAAAUGGUCGAAUAAUGGGCUCAUUACAAGUAUCGAGAGCGUUAGGUGAUGGUUUGUUCAAAGAUUACGUGAACACGGAACCAUCGUACAUGGAAGAGAGAUUAGUUCCUGGAGACAGAGUUAUCAUGGCGUGUGAUGGAAUUUGGGAUGUUUUAUCUGAUGAAGAAGCAUCCGAAAUAGUAAGGAACUCUGAUUCUCCGCUAAAGGCUGCAAAACAAGUAAGAGAUGAAGCAUUUAAUAGAGGUUCUAACGAUAACCUUUCAGUUAUCGUAAUUUUCACAAAACAUGAUUAA